CACUGCUCGCCUUUCUCGCACGCGCUGAUCCCAGCGCUAUAGCUGAUGACGUUGGGCUCCAGCUUCGCCUCCCACAUCUCGCUCAGCAGCGCAAGCGCCCGCUGCCACUGCUCGCCUUUCUCGCACGCGCUGAUCCCAGCGCUGUAGCUGAUGACGUUGGGCUCCAUCUUCGCCUCCCACAUCUCGCUCAGCAGCCUUCGCCUCCCGCAUCUCGCUCAGCAGCGCAAGCGCCCGCUCCCACUGGUCGCCUUUCUCGUAGGCGCUGAUCCCAGCGCUGUAGCUGAUGACGUCGGGCUCCAGCUUCGCCUCCCGCAUCUCGCUCAGCAGCGCAAGCGCCCGCUCCCACUGCUCGCCUUUCUCGCACGCGCUGAUCCCAGCGCUGUAGCUAUGACGUCGGGUUCCACCUUCGCCUCCCACAUCUCGCUCAGCAGCGUUAGCGCCGGCUGCCAGUGCCCGCCCUUCUCGCACGCGCUGAUCCCAGCGUUGUAGCUAUGACGUCGGGCUCCAGCUUCGUCUCCCACAUCUCGCUCAGCACUGACAGCGCGUGUUGCCAUUGCCCGCCUUUUCUGCAUGCGCUGGCAGUCGCCAUGUAGUGACUUGGGACGAGUUGCGCACUGAAUCGAAUUCCUUCGCGGAGCAGCCGCAGUGCUGCGCUCCAUUGUUUUGUCCGACCGCAGUUCUUGAUCGACGCUUCGAGGGAAAUAGCGCCUUCUCGAGACGCUCGACCGAUGCCCAGCAUCCGAAAAGACAAGGAACCGCGGCUUGAGCCACACACGCAUUGGGUCAAAACGGCUUGAGCCAAAACGGCCUGAGCCAAAAUGGCU